AUGCAUUUGGCUACUAUUCGUCUUUUCAUCAUCUUAGGCAUCGCUCUGGCAGUAUCCGAGGCUAGCUAUGUUCUAUGUCUUCAAAGAGUUCCUAUUUUUACGUGUGCAAAAAUGAGCUGCCCUGACGUUGGCUGGGCUAUCACCAGCAAGCGCUAUCCAAGUAAUUGCUUUGAAAUCGAGAUACUUUCGGGUAGAAAGCAAAAAUGGUAUAAAAUCGAAUUACCCAAUCGAAAUCAUGGCUAUGUAACCGAUCACCACUGUUCGGGCAAGGUUCCACAAUGUUAA